AAAAGCAAGAAGAAAAGAUUUAGCAAUAAAAGUAUUAUUCUGAAUAGCUAGCUAUCAACCUUUCAAUAAAUAUAACCAAGAGCAUUCGGAUAUUAUCUAUAAAUUUAAGAGAGUGCAUUUAUUAAAACAGAUUAUUGUAAAAGAUUACCGACAUUUUAGAAUUUAAAGGGAAUGAAUAUGCAAAAUAACAAAUAAAAUCCCAUUGAAGAGCAGCAUAGUAUUAUUGGGGCUAUUAAAAUAAAAGAUGGUUUAUUUAUAGGAGAUGAAUACGCUGCUUAAGACUUAGAGUUUGUUAUUACUAACAAAGUUACUCACAUUAUUAAUUGUGCAGGGCAAAGCAUAGGCAAUAUUUGGGAACAAAUAGGCGUUAUGUAUUUAACGUUUCCUUGGACUUAAAGUGAUUAAUAAAUAUUAUUUGAUGAAUAAGAUGAGAUCUUGAAUGAGAUAGUAAAAUUUAUAGACGAAGCUGCCGAAGCAGGUGAAUCUACUCUUGUGCAUUCUGUCAAAGGAUAGAGCCGCGCGUGCUGUGUGUUGGCAUCCUACUUUAUGAAAAAAUAUAAUUGGGCUUUGUUAAAAACACUUGAAUUUUUAAAUUCCAGAAGACCUGAUUUAGAAAUUAGAUCAAGCUUUUUUUAAUAACUCACCAAUUUAUCAAAAAAACUCUAAAUUACAGGAGCAGGAGCUAUGAUUCAAGAUUGGAAUGAAAUAUCCUAUUUUCCAAAUGGAAUCGUAAAUGUUGAGGAGUUAAUAAUCAGAAAUACCUUUUUGAAUUCAAGAAAUGCACCAGUUGCUGAUAUCUUUUCAGAUGAAUAAAUAUAAUUGUAAAUGAUGAGAAAAGAAAAAAAAGAUAAGCUUACUUGGAAUGAUAUUCAUCAUAAUCGUGAUUUGCAUGUAGCAGUCUUUCCUAAUCCUGAUACAUUCAAUCCUAUUUAGCAUUAUAGAUAAUCAUCUUUAAGUAAGAAACCCAUUAAAUCCUGUCUAAAGGGAUCUAAUAAACACAGUAGAGUGGGAAGUGAAGGAGCUAUGCUAUAGCAAAACUAAUAACAAUAGAAAAAUGGAAUGACUAGAUCUAUGAGUGGUAAACAAAUAGGAGUUUUUGGACCAUAGCUCAAGUAUAACAAAAGUGUCAAAACACUUGUAGAGGAUGCUUCUUAAUUAGGAAAUCAGCCAUCAUUCUUACUUAACUCUAGCUAAUAAAAGACAGAAAUUUCCAGUUGUAAUAAUAUAAGCAACAGUAACUUCUAUUCAAAUAAUAAUCUUAGUAUUAAUAACAUAAAUUAAAUUCAAAAUGCUUAAAAUUAAUAAAUUAAUGGAACUAGUAAUUCCUUACUAUAAAACAAGAAUAAUAGCAAUUACAGUUAACAACUAUCUUCUUAGUCUAUUUAAUAAUACUCUUCAAAUACUAAUUAGCAAUCAAGCUUUCAACAGCAUUAACCUCUUCUCUCUUAGCAAAUAAGACACCUCUAAUAGUAAAUUCCUAUUAAUAAUUAGAAUCAGCAAAUAAAUUCUAAUAGUUUAAAUAACAAAUCUGGAGCCUUAUCAGGAUCUACAGGAAUACUUGCUUAGUAAUAUUAGUAAUAAUAAUAGUAAUUAAAUUAACUAAAUUCCCAAUAGUAUAGUAAUAUUAGUGGGAGUCAGCUUUAAACUUUGAAUAUUGGUAAUAAUUUUAGUAAGGCUAAUAACUCUAAUACUUCUGGAGUUAAUGAUAACAAUACAUCAGUGUAAUUUAAUUUAAAUAAUAAUGAGAAUAAAUAAAACCUAAAUAUUCCAAAUCCUAUUACAAGCAGCGCUUAGCAAAUAAAGACUUAGGGUGAAAUUUUACUAAGGGCUCUUAACAGUGCAAAUACUUCUUCCAAAAAUUCAACUACCUUUUAAAAUUCCCUAACAUUAAACUCAGGUAAUAACAGUGGAAGCAAAAGUAUUAGUUCAUCAGCAAUAACCUCACCAUAUAAUUAAAAAAGCAUUACAAAUGCUUUGAGCAGCACUUUAAAUGAUAAAAAAAUAGCUUAGACUUCCAAUAGCGCUGGUAAUGGAUCAAGCAGUGGGAAUAAAAGUAAUAAAAUGAUGCCACCUCAAAGUGCUUAAAUGCAAGAGAAAAAAUAAAAUUUAAUCUCAAAGAUACUUGAACAGCAAUAACCUCAUUCUUCAUCUUCUUCAAAUACAAAUUCUACUACAAAUUUGAUUAGAAGCAACAGUUUAAGGGCUUUUGAUAAUGAAAAAGAUUCUGUGGGAAAUAAAAACAAUCUUUCAGCAAAAAACUCUAUCUAAACUUAUUUAAAUCCAUAAGGUAAUAAUAACACAAAACAAAGCAAUACAACUCUCAAUAAUAACAAUAGUUCUAAUAUGAGUUUGCUUUAAAAAAAUAACACAAGUUUUGGUAGCUAGCUAGGUACUGAUCCCCAAACUAAUAAAAGCUCUUCCUAGAACCUUUAAAUCUAAAGUGGUUACAGAAGCAAUAGCUUACCAAAAAAACUUGAUGAAGAAAGAAGCCCCUAGAGUAAUAAACUGAAUUACUAACUACAAGCAAAUAAUAGACCAUCAUCAGUUUCUAAUAAAGAAAAAUAAGAAAGUCUUCUUCAGCAAUAAAAAAAUUAAUUUAGCUAUUUAAAUAAUGAGAUGAAGAAUUCCUAGAUAUAGUAGGGUAAUAAUUUACUUGAGAAACCUCUUCUCUAAAAUAAUUAUGUAAGAACUCAAUCAGCCCAUAACAGUGAUACUUAAAGUAACAGCAACAGCAAUCUCAAAAAUACAGACAACCUUUACUUAAGUUCUCAAUCAUAAGCAAAAUAAGCUAUUGGAAAUCUUUUAUAGACUAAUAAAAGCCCAGUAAGUAACAACAACAAUAAUACAAAAGGAUACAUAAAGAAUGAAAGACCACCUCUAAAACCAAGAGAGUAAAAUUCACUAACAAGCACAACUAACAACACAAAUAGUACGAUUAAUACUUCACUGAGCAAAUCAUUUUAGUAGUCCAAUCUUACUAAAUACAGCAUUAAUAGUAAUGUUUAAUCUUAAUAAACUUCCACAUCUGACUCAAAUAGAUUCUCUAGUAACACCUACAACUAAUUUUCUACAUCAAUAAACUAGUCUAACCUAUCAAGCUAAGAUCUCUAGUAGGCUCCUUCUUCCUCUUCACUUACUCAAACUAUUUCUAACAAAAUAACUUCAGGAUCUUCUGGAUUGAACUCUGAAACCUUAAAUGGAAAUGAUAAAUAUAGCAAUAUCAUACCUUCAUCAAAUAAAUCUCCUAUAAAUUCAAGUCAAACGAUGAAGACAUCAUUGAUCAGCAAGCCUCCUCAAUCAAAGCCUUAGUAAUCUUUUGAUAAGAGUUUAAAAGAGAAUUAUAACAUUUAGCCCUACACAGUCUACUAACCUAUGACAAAUAACUUUAUGGAAACAUAGAAGCUAAAAGAGAGUCUUACAAUUGGAACUUCUAAUGUACUCUCUAAGCAGAGUAUUGGCAAGCAGACACCUUAAUAUAGAUCAUUUUCUCCUGAUAUUUAAAGUAAUUUCAAAAUAGAUUUCUUUUUUUCAUUAAUAACAAAAUAAUAAAAUUUUUAAAAAGGUCUUCAAAAUAAACUUGAUAAACAAAAAUAAUUGGGAACAAGUAAAAAUCGUAUUCGUAGUAACUCUCCUGGUUAAGCUCUGACUUUAAAUUAAAACUACACUAACACUGGAAGUAGCUUAUCAUAUAAUCAAAUUUAGCCUAGCUAAAAUGUUUUUGUAGAUUAAAAAAUAGACUACUUAAAGCAAUCAUCAAACAUAAAUGCAAUCAGCUCAGAAUCUGAUAAUAUAUUCACAGUGAGCAGCGGUUUACUUAACUCUAAUAUUUAAUCAAAUAAACCUCGCUGGAAAUUUUGA